AUGUCUUCAGAUCAGAGCCAUCCGUAUAGUCAGAAUAGAAUUCUUUAUGGAGCUAAGACAACUGGCGCUUUCCCAAAUUCUAGUUCAAGUCUUACAGAUUCCGCUUCUUCAACAUCAUCCGUCCCAGCAAGUAAUACCAAUACUCCAAAUAAUACGGGAGGUAAUAAUAGCACCUUAUCCUGUCAAAAUAAUAGCAAUAGUAGCCCUGCUUUACAAAAUACUAUUUAUGCAGGUGACAACCAUAGUAGCAAUAUUUACCACAGUAAUAACAAUAGCAUAUUAGCCAAUAAUAAUAACAUGAGUUACUAUAAUCAUAACUUUAACAACGUUAUGAAUGUUCAUGGCAAUAGUAACCUGAAUAAUAGCAAUAGUAGGAUAUUACAACCAUCCCCAUCGGUACCAAAUUUCGUUGAUCGUCAUUUACCUCAAAAUUUUACAGGCCCUUCGUUCUUCAAAAAUCCAAACUCAAGAAGAUCUUCUGCUAUAUCACAAGUAAAUUCGGAUAUCACUGAUGAGAAUCGUCACAUUAGUUAUAAUAAUACCACCACAAAUGACAGCAACAACAAUAUCAACCACACUAGUUCCAUAUACAAUAAUUAUAACAACAACAAUAGCAUCAACAGUAACAGCAAUAUUUCCAACUAUAAUGGUUAUAACAAUAGUAACACUUCCAUCUAUAAUGGCUAUAAUACUAAUAACAAUAAUAAUUCCAAUGUCAAUAGUAGGAUGAGUUAUGCUCCCAUUACCAAUAACACUAUGGCCGAACCUCAUGCAGUUGAUCAUGAUGAUCAUGAUGCUAGCAUGAGUGUCAUUGAUCUUUAUAAUGACGAUGACGAUUUUGACCAUAGUGAUGAGGAUGAAGAAAUUGAUGACGAAGAUAUUGAUGAUGAGGCAAGUAGUUCAGUAAGAUUACAAAGUAGUAUAGAUUCAAAAUUGCAGAGAUCCAAAGAGAAACUAGAAUCGUUAACUUCUCAAUUUAAUACAAGAAAUUCUACCCCUAAGCCAAGAUCUAUUGGGACGAAUACUAGUAUCCAAAACAAUUACAGCAUUAAUACUAUUAGUAACAUUAAUUCAGCAGAGAAUAAUUUUUCGAGUCAAACGCCUCCCACAAACCCAAAUACAUUGACUACAUCUAAUAGUAGUACUAACCCAUCUGUAAGUCAUACCCCUAGCAAUACACCUGCAUCUGCGAUUCAACAUUAUGACAGAUACGGUUUCAAGAAGCAAACAUCGUUUAUAAAUGAAGAGCAAUAUAAUGAAUGGUGGAAUGAAUAUUCUCAAUAUUGUAUUAGACGUAAAUUAAAAUGGAAAUUAUUGCUAAAAAAAUCAGGCUUGCCUGUUGAUAAUGAUUCUCCAAGUAGAUUUCCUUCAAAAAGUGAAAAAUUAAAAAGGUAUGUCAGAAAAGGUAUACCUGCUGAAUGGAGAGGAAAUGCUUGGUGGCAUUUUGCUAGAGGUCAGGAAAAAUUGAACAAAAACAAAGAUCUCUAUGAAAAGUUAUUAAUUAAAAUGGAUAACAUUUCAAAACUACCGAAGGAUAAACAACCAAAUGAUUGGGAAAUAAUUGAAAGAGAUUUGAAUAGAACUUUUCCUGACAACAUUGAUUUCCAAAAGCAAGAUUUUCAAACUGAUGAACCACCAUUAAUCAAAUCGUUAAGACGUGUAUUGGUUGCAUUUUCUCUAUAUAACACAAAGAUUGGUUACUGUCAAUCCAUGAACUUUUUGGCGGGACUAUUAUUGUUAUUUUUAGAUGAAGAGAGAGCCUUCUGGAUGCUUGUAAUAAUUACUUCAAGAUAUUUACCAGGUGUUCAUAAUGUAAAUCUAGAAGGUGUAAAUGUCGAUCAAGGGGUGUUGAUGUUAUGUCUUCGAGAAUAUUUACCUGAAAUAUGGGAAUUAAUUGAUAACUCAUCUUCAUCCAACAAUAACGAUAAUGAUAACCCAUUGAAUAAUUUGCAAAAAGAUUUAGCAAUGUCGACAGAUAAUGUCAAUAGCCCAACUAAUAAUGAAAAUGCCUCUAAUAAUAGACUUCAUAAUAGGUUUGAUAGAAAUAAUAAUUUCCCAGUAUUAAAAGAUCAAUUUCUUUAUAAACUACCUCCAAUUACUCUUUGUACAGCAAGUUGGUUUAUGAGUUGUUUUGUUGGUAUUGUUCCAAUUGAAACAACUUUAAGAAUUUGGGAUUGCCUAUUUUAUGAAGAUUCUCAUUUUUUAUUUAAAAUAUCCCUAGCAAUAUUCAAACUAAGUGAACCUGAAAUGCUAAAGGGUAGAAAACACAAAACCUUAUAUUCAUUGUCCAAUAACCAUAAUAAACAGCAAAACUCCAAUAAAUCACCUGAUGAUACUGAAAUGGAAAUAUUCCAAGUAGUACAAACUUUCCCCAAGACUUUAAUCAAUCCAAAUGAAAUAUUUGGCAAAGCAAUAUUUAAAAGAAGGGUUGCGUUGAACAAAUUAAAUCAAGAAGAAGUUGAUAGGUGCCGUAAAUAUGUUACAUCUCAGCGAGCGAAAUUCAAACACUUUGCAGAAAUCAGAGGUGAGAAGGAUAACUUAUAUAACGAGAAUCAAAAUGAAAACAGUCACCUAAAUACACAAAUAACAGAUGACAUAAUUAAUGAUGCCCUAUCUUCAGAAUUAUAUGGCUUUAAGAAAAGUCUUACGAGUGUACAUUGGAAUAAUAGUAUCAAGGCCAAGGUAAAACAGAUGCGUAAAAAGAUGGAAGAUUAA